UGCUUCAUUUUCCGUCUGCGCUCACUGAACCACUGCUUUAUUUCAAAUGAAGCGUCUUCUCGUCCCGUUAUUAAGUUUUGAUAGGUGAUAUUAACAGCUAGAUUCGCCAUGAGCUGCUUGGAUGUAAUGUAUCAAGUUUAUGGUCCACCUCAGCCUUAUUUCGCCGCAGCAUAUUCACCGUAUCAUCAUCAGAAAUUGGCGUUUUACUCUAAAAUGCAAGAAGCACCAGAAACGGUCAGUGGAAGCAGCUCGUCUUUUUCCAAUAUCUCCGGGCCACCCAUUAAAGAAGAGGACUGUGCCCGAGAGAAAGAUCACCCGCCCGAGGCCGAGUACAUCAGCUCCAGAUGUGUGCUCUUCACAUACUUUCAAGGGGACAUCAGUUCGGUGGUGGAUGAACAUUUCAGUCGGGCUUUGAGUCAGUCCAGCAGCUACGCAUCUGCAUCCAACCACAGUAAAAGUGCAAGAGGUGCAUCGUCCUGGAGAGACGGAUCAUUCCCUAUGAGCCAGAGAAGCUUUCCUCCCUCGUUCUGGAACAGUGCGUAUCAGCCGUCAGUCACAGCAACUCUCAGCAGCGCUCUUGGUUCCUCUCACUCGGACCUUCCCUUCCCAGCAGACCCGUACUCUACCGCUUCCUUACACAGCCACCUCCACCAGAGCACCCCGGAGCCCUGGCACCCGUCUCACCACCAUCACCCUUACUCGCUCAGCGGGGCCAUCGGCACCCAAGGGUCAGCAUACCCCCGGCCCUCUGUGCACGAAAUGUAUGGAACGCACUUUGACCCACGUUACGGCUCUCUGCUCGUGCCCUCGGUGCGACCACAUAGACUUCCCCCUGCCACGGUAUCCGCGUCCGGACCCUCGCCGUGCGAUAUCAGCAAGAGCGAGCCAGGCAGCUCAGCGUGGACGGGCGCUUUCACGGCGACGAGCUCCGAUAUGGGCCAGAGCUUGAGUCUGAAUAUGGAUGCAGGUCUACAGAGUCAGGAUAAGAGCAAGGACCUGUACUGGUUUUAGUGCCCUGCGGCCACUCCUUCCUCAUCUGGCUUGUCUUUUCUCUGGCUUGUAGAGACUUUUCUGUAACAGAUUCUCAUCUCACUUGCAGCUUGGCGCUACACGCUCUGCAGCGGGACCAUCCGCAGCUGAAAACAAAGGCACGGUGGAAAAUCCCGGUCUAAACCUUUCCGAGAACCAUUCGGACGAGUGCAAAACUCUCUAGAAAAGACAGCACAAAGAGAGGCCACACGAGAGCUUUCCAGAAAUACACGGUGAUGUGACUGGCAGCUGCUCUCGAACCCCUUCUCGAACCUUCCCCGACCUUCUGCGCGCUCGGCAAAACAAACCCUGAACGAGAUAAUUAAAUUGGAACGAACAUUUCUGCAUGGGACAUUUGAGAGACGAACUUGAGAAUGGAUGUUUUUUUAAAGAAAUGACAGUUUUUGGAGAGAGCAGCAUUCCGUAUCCCAGAACAGAGAGAGGCUAUUUGAAGCCACUUGACUCUAUCUAUAUUGCUUUCAACACCUGUCAUCGACAACUGUUGUGGAACUUGGAAGACACACACACACACACACACACACACACACACACACACACACACAAUGGCAGUUUGUGUGGAGUUUGACCGAGCAAGCACCCUGGAUUUCAUAAAAGAGGUUUGUUGUAGCCGGACGUGCAGCUAAAGGGAACAACUGGUUUGGUUUUUUGUGAGACGUGUUGUGCCGGCUGUCAAUGCUGUUGGAAGUGGACAGACAAAAAAAACCCUGCUGUAUAUACGUUGUGUCUUUGUCCAGUGCCACAGUAUAAGAUCAAACCGCAUGUGUGAUCAUGACAAUAUGCAGGUUGAUUUUUCAUUUGUACUUUUUAAAAGAAUGUUCUCAUUCAUUUUUAGUCGCCGUCAAGGUGACAUCUCACCACGUGUUUGAUUGUAUCACAUGUAAUAUAUUACAUUCUAAAGUAUUUUUUUUCCAUGAUGUUGCAUUGAGGAAAAUGAGGUGUUGUCUGUUUUUAUCUGUUCA